AGAUUUGUUUUCAUAAAAAAAAAAAAAAUCAUUUCUUGUUUUUCUUUCUCAAAUCUCUCUCCAAAUCUACCUUUCAAACUUUCUUACAACCUUUUCAAUUCUCUUUUGUUUUUGUUUUUGUUUGUUGUCUCAACCUCCUUAAAACAAAUUUCCCCCCUUUUUUUGUUUAUUUAAUCUUUCGAAUUAAGGGUCUUUGGGUGUGUUCCUAAACAGGGCUUGUAACCUGGAAAGAUUAUAGGAAAUUCUUCAUUGUUUUAUAAGUUGAAUUGGAGCUGGCCCUGAAUCCUUCUCUUCUUCCGGGAAUCUGUUUUUUCUGGACCAAUCCGUAGAUCAAACUCGGAUUAGGGACUUAGACGAUGUUUAUUGCCUGCCUAAGUGUUAAAGAUCAAAUCAUAGUAAGAAGUGUCGCUAGCACCUAUACUGCUCGGUAAAUAAGGAGGAGAGAGCAUCUCAUUCCUCGAAGAUAAGAACCGACUAAGCUUGACGUAGAACAUUUUGUCGGACUCCUUUUAAAAUCCGCAUAUUCGGUUAAGAAUAUGUAAGCCAUGGUAUCAACAACAUUAAGGCGAAUUGUGUCGCCCUGCUGGAAGCCUUCGGUCGAGGGUGAAAAUUCUAGUAGAGGUGGGGUUGGUAAUGGUAGGGUUGAUGGAUUGUUGUGGUAUGAAGACUCAGGAGAACACGUUGCGGGCGAGUUUUCGAUGGCGGUAAUUCAAGCAAACAAUCUAUUGGAAGAUCACAGCCAACUCGAAUCCGGUCCAAUCAGCUCGUUUAAAUCAGGUCCCCAUGGGACAUUUGUUGGAAUCUAUGAUGGUCAUGGAGGUCCGGAAACCGCUAGGUUUAUAAACAAACACCUUUUCAGCCAUAUCAAGACUUUUAAUGGUGCAGAGUUUACAACUGAGAAUCACGGAAUGUCAGCCGAUGUAAUCAACAAAGCGUUUUUAGCUACCGAAGAAGAUUUUCUUAAUCGUGUCAAGGAGCAGUUCGAAACUAAGCCACAAAUCGCUUCUGUUGGUUCGUGUUGUUUGGUAGGAAUAAUUUGUAGUGGAUUGCUUUACAUUGCAAAUGCCGGAGAUUCUCGAGUUGUUUUAGGAAGACUGGAGAAAGCCUUUAAAGAGGUCAAAGCAGUUCAGUUGUCAUCCGAGCACAAUGCAAGCUUCGAGUCCGUGCGGGAGGAGUUGCGAUCGUUUCAUCCCGAUGAUCCGCAGAUUGUGGUCCUCAGGCACAACGUAUGGCGUGUGAAGGGUAUAAUACAGAUUUCUAGGUCCAUUGGUGAUGCAUAUCUAAAGAAGCCAGAAUUCAACAGAGAGCCUCUAUUACCGAAGUUUAGAGUUCCAAAUUCGUUCGAGAAGCCGAUCCUACAAGCCGAGCCAGCAAUAUCAGUACAGAAACUGCGUCCUGAAGAUCAGUUUCUUAUAUUCGCAUCGGAUGGUCUAUGGGAACACCUUAGCAAUCAAGAGGCUGUUAACAUUGUAAACACAUGUCCACGCAAUGGUAUCGCAAGGAGACUCAUAAAAGCUGCGCUUCGUGAAGCUGCAAAGAAGAGAGAAAUGAGAUACUCAGACUUGAAAAAGAUUGACCGUGGCGUGCGGAGACAUUUUCACGACGAUAUAACGGUCAUCGUUUUGUUUCUGGAUUUCCAUCUGAUAAGCAACGGCUCGUCGUGUAGACCCCUGGUUUCGAUCCGAGGCGGUGCCUGAGUCUCGGGAAAUAGCAAAUACUAGCCACCGAAACAGGUCGUAGACCUCUCUAUCGUUUUUACUCAACCCAUUCCUCUCAUUUUGUAUUAAGAAGAUAUCCAUAAAUGAUUUGAUAGAAUUGUUUUAGAGAAUGCAUUUAGAGAAUCCAUUCAAGUUAUAAAUCUUGGGGACUUUGACAUAUCAUAUAAUUGAAAGAAAGAUAUAAAAUUCAUUUAA